CGCAGUUUGAAAGAAACCCUCGUCCCAUCUUCCCCAUCGACGACAACACUCAACUCAGUAUCACCCACCGCCGUUUCGACACAAUGGCGAAGGAAGCUACUGAGAAGUCCGGCAUCAUUGUCGGACCCAACAAGGGCCACAAAGUCACUCCCAUCACCCCCAAGCCUCGCAUCAGCCGCACCAAGGGCCACUUGAGCAAGCGCACUGCCUUCGUUCGUGAGAUCGUCAAGGAAGUCGCCGGCCUUGCUCCCUAUGAGCGUCGUGUUAUCGAAUUGUUGAGAAACUCCAAGGACAAGAGAGCGAGAAAGAUGGCCAAGAAGCGACUUGGUACCUUUGGCCGCGCCAAGAGGAAGGUCGACGAACUGCAACGAGUCAUUGCCGAGUCGAGAAGAGCUGGUGGUCAUUAAACGGGAGAUGGACCGGUGUUUUUCCAACACAUGCGAGAGGAAGCGGGUUCGUGGGCUGGGAAAAGGUGGUGUGGUGGAACGGAGUUGGAAUGAAUGAAUGCAUCAUCAUCAUCAACAUCAAUCCGGACCUCCACCGCUCAAAUUUUUCCGGCCUUGGACGACGAGCAUCUUAUUUCGACAGCUGGGUGAUGGAAUCAAGUUUGGAUGGACAUGCCUACAUUCACGGACCACCGACUGUGACCCUUGUCAUCUCGUCUCGUCUUUCUACAAUGGAAAGAUGCUCAUGGGCAAAGCACGGUUCCAAUCGGCUGUAUAUCCAUUCCAUUGAGAGGAUCAUUAGCGUUUCGCCAUGGUAAAAAAACAAAAAUCAUCAAAUCAUGACUCGAUGUGGAAAGAUUCAAGUUUUUGAUAACAACUUCAUGUUCUCGUGAUCAUAAUUCUGUGGCUACUCGUAAUUCACAUGGAUAAAGUCAAGAAUAACAUGAGUCCAACCCUACAAA